CCGAUGAAGGGCAGGUUCCCGAUCCGCAGGACGUUGCAGUAUCUACAGGCCGGGGAGAUCGUGUUCAAGAACAAUGUGAAAAUAAUGACGGUCAAUUAUAACACUCACGGGGAGCACGGAGAGGGGGCGAGGUGAGAGGGGCAGAUGGAGAGAAGGGCAAAUGCACGUCGUGGAGGCGGGGCUAGUGAGCGUCAUACACUCCUGCAGUUUGAGUGGGAGGCCUGCAACAUGUGUGAGAGUCCUAAUGGGCAACUUAGAGACAGACCUGCAAGGAAGUUUGUGUUUUUCAAUAUCCCUCAGAUCCAAUACCAGAAUCCUUGGGUCCAGAUAAUGAUGUUCAAGAAUAUGACUCCAUCCCCAUUCCUAAGGUUUUAUUUAGAUAGUGGAGAACAGGUUCUGGUUGACAUUGAUGACAAAAGCAACACAGACAUUGUACAGCAUGUGAAAAAAAUCUUGGGGAAGAAAGAGGAGACACUGAAGGCCGAGGAACAAGCAAAAAUGGUGAAGUCCAAUCCGGCCAACUUUGGCCUACGGAAGUACCAUCUGCGAGAGUGUAUAUGUGAAGUAGAGGGACAGGUUCCUUGUCCUUCAAAAGUCCCACUGCCAAAGGAAAUGACUGGCAAAUACAAAGCUCAACAGAAAGAGAGCACUGAGGUGUGAGCCUCACAGAUUGUGGACACUGCACAGCCAAUCAGAAGUUAGUAGCAGGCAACUCCGCUACUGACUGCACUUGAGCAGCAUUUUGUGGGUUUAAUAGGAGAACGUCUAAAGUGUUUUCAGUCUAUUUUUUUCACAUUUGUUAUUUGUAAUAUAUUGUUUAUUUAAAGCG